CAGUAAACAGCAGAACAGUGGGCCCAUCACAGGAGCAGCAGGGAUGCCCGAGGAGAUCCGCAGCCCACAGGACAGCCUUUGGUGCUGGGACACCACAUGUACAUAGUAGAAUUAUACUCCAGUCCCUGGUCCCGGCCGUCUUAUGAUUCACGCCCCUUCCUGUCUUUCCGCCCCCUCUUUAGUAGUUGCUGGAAUUUCUGGAUAGAUGAUCAUGAAGGAAAAGGAACGGAAACAAAUCCCUAAGAGAAAGUUUCCUGCCCGGACUGUUCUCUUCUCUCUGUCGCCCGUUCGCAGCUACUUUCAUGUGACAUUUAAUUAAGGAGGAAUUUUUGGAACCUGCUCAGGAAUUCUUGUCUGGAGAAACAAUCUACUCCCCCAAAUGGACCAUUGUGCCAGUUGGCAUGGUGUCAUUGUCACCUUGUUCCUGAUUCUCAAGCUUGAACUGUGGCUUUGUCAAGAAGUUGAAGUGUUUUCCCCACCAUUGAACCUGGAAAUCCACAAUGAUUCAUUGCACCAGCGUUUACUGGUGGAAUGGAAUGUCAGCAACAAAGCUUUUGAGCCUGACACGGAAAUAGUGUUUGACAUCCAGGUGGCCAGGUCUGAAAAUAUGAAUAUUAUUGCAAAUGAAAUUUUCCUUCCAGAUAUUCACAUAGGUCAUGUGACUUCCAUCAGAUGGACUUGGGAUUCUCAGCUUCCUUUGGAAUGUGACUCUCAUUCUGUGCGGAUUCGGAGCAAAGUUGUGGGAAAGGUUUUCACAGUGGAAAGAAACUGGAGCACAUGGAGUCCAUGGAAAACCCAUCAAGGACAGAAUAAAGAGAGAACCCGCACAGGCAUCUACCCCUAUCAGCGAGUGGUUCCGGAAGGAUCUAAUGUCACUUUUUGCUGCUUGCCUGGACGGGGUCAGGUGGUACAAAAAAUGAGAUACGGUUCUGAGCAGAUGACACAAGACUUUGACACGGGAACAGACAGUUUUGUUACCUCCGUAAAAAAUGUGGUGAGGACAAAAUCAGACGGGACUAAUGUCAUCUGCGUGUUGGGGGAGAAGAACCCCGCUGGGACCGUGCUCAUUGUCAGCAGAUUACCAGAUGAACCCAAAAAGUUUUCUUGUGAAACCCAAGAUCUGCAAACACUAAGAUGUAGCUGGAGCCCUGGACCAUUGUAUAACUUUUUUGGGAUUCUCAAAGUCACUUAUGUUCUACAAGAAUGGUUAUCCAUGAAAUCCUAUUCCUGCCAAAGAGAUCAUUGUGUUUUGCCGGUCAAGAUGAACCAGCAGACGUAUAACUUUACUUUGACGGCUAGAAACCGAUUAGGCGAGAGGAGCAUCAACUCUGUUGUGUAUCUAAACCAGAGAGUUCUACUUCUGGCUCCUUCCAGUUUAAGAGUGGAUCACGAGAACGCCUCCUCCAUUACAUUAUCCUGGUCCCUGAGGGCAGAUUACACGACCCUUGGGAUCCAGUGUCAGGUGGAUCUUCAGAAGACUCUGGUCAAUGUGACGAGUAGAGGAAAACGUCCAACCGAGAUAUACAAAGUCAGCCUCAGCGGAUUACAGCCGUAUACACAGUACAACCUGAGAGUGCGCUGUAUGGCAGAUUCAUCGCUGGCAGGGUGGAGUAACUGGACCAACAUUGUAGUCAGGACAAAUGAAGAUGCACCUACAGGAGCUUUGGAUGUUUGGAGACAUAUUGAAGAGGAUGAUGACGGACGGAUUGUGACCCUCUACUGGAGACCUUCCCCACAUUUUAAGGCCAAUGGAAAUAUCUCUCACUAUAAUAUAAAAAUCCGGCCACUUGAGGGCGCCCCUGAGGCAAGAGAGAGCAGCGUCUCAGGUGUGAAAAGCUUCUCAAUAUCUUUAGGUGAACAAGCGUAUUCUAUCAAUGUCACCGCCCACAAUAAAGCCGGAGGAUCGCCGCCUGCUGAGCUACGGAUCCCUGCGAAAGCUGCAAGUGGCACAGAGCAGACGGCUGCCGACCGAUCAUACGGCAAAGAUGGAGGAAUAUACAUAAUGUGGCAGCACAAGCGCAAUGUACACGGAUAUGUGGUGGAGUGGUGCUCCGUGCCCAGAUCUCCUCAUUGUGACCUUCAGUGGAAAAAGUACAACUCCUCAAUCCAGAGCGACGUCAUCAAAUCACGAACCUUCAGACCAGGAGUGAGAUACGAUUUCAGAAUUUACGGAUCCAUGGAAGAUGGAGAACACCUCCUGGAGAAGGCGGAGGGAUACACUAAGGAAAAUGUAUCUUCUGUGAAGCCAAAUGUGAAAAUUAGUAAGAUUGAAUCUCGGUCGAUUUUCUUGGACUGGUCACCGUAUCCAACCGAUGGGUCUCAGGAAGGAUUUAUUACUGGGUACAACGUUUAUGUGAAUGAUACAGAGAAGGACUGCGACCUGGACAAAGCUGAUGACUAUCCACAGCUAGGUCACUUUCGUUUGUGCAAAUUUUGUAUCAGAGAUCCAAAUAAAAUGCAGAUCACAAUCAACAAACUGAGACCAAAUGGAAAAUACGAGGUGGCUGUUGUGGCCAUCACCGGUGGAGGAGAGACCCCUGCAGAAUUUAGGAAGGCUUAUACCCCCACUGACACCGGGGCAGCGCUACGUUCCAUACUUGCCCCAGUCCUUACGGUGUUAGCGCUGGCACUAGCGCUACUAUUUAUAGGAUGCUGGAAGAGAACCUGGCUCAAGAGAAUGUGUUUUCCUGACAUUCCCGAUCCUAACAAGAGCAAAAUAUUUUCCUUCGAUGGGAAAAAGGGUUCAAUGAAUGGAAAUAUCCUACCAACCAUAAACCACGAACCCCAAUUGGUGGACGUUGUCAGCAUCCAGGAAAAAAGGCAACACGAAAUGAAUAAAGAAGUUGUUAUAUCCUCCGAACAUCAACAACAUGAGGCUUACACCAAAAUCCAGACAAGAGAAGGAAUCGGGCGUGACGAGGACUUCGGUGAGAGUUACGUUCCUUUUGACACCGAGAAAUCUUUGUAUCCAACCAUGAAGGAUCCAUUGUACAAUUCCCAGCCACUCUGCCUGGAAUUCUUCAACCAGACGUACACCAGCACCUCAGAAGACGUGAACGACAACAUACCGGGAUACAGACCCCAGCUAAAUAUCACGCAAGUACAGUGUCCGCCAUAUGUCGUGCAAUCUGUGAAGCCAGAGUCAGGACUCGAUAAUGACGAACCGGUCAUUUGCUUUAAUAGCCCCGAUUAUGGGAGCGAACCAAUGAGCCCGACCUCUGUGGAUUCAACAGCAUUCAUACUUGUUGACUGAUGGGAACUUUAUCUGGAUUGCAAGAUGGACGUCUGAAACACAUUGGGCAUUAAAUGCAAACCUCCGCUAAAUGUUGUCAUGGAGCUCAACAUUGGAAGCCUUUGACUCAUGUAUCAAACCUGAGAAAAAGUUGCCUUGUUCCCUAUAACAACCAGAGAACAUUUAACAUAUAAUUAUGUCCUGGGGCCAUUAAGGGGAGGGGUGGAGAGGGCUCAGAACUCAAACCUGCCCCAUACCCAGCAGACCCCAUUUUUCCUCUAAGACAGAAGCAUUUAAUAUCAGACAUGUAUGAUGUGUUAUUCUAAAAGAAAUCCUCAGUAUUCAGGUUAAUUGCAAUAAGUAAUGUAAUGUAUGAACACAGUGAUCCCACCAGCAGAAUAGUGAGUGCAGCUCUGGAGUAUGAUACAGGAUAUAACUCAGGAUCAGUACAGGAUAAGUAAUGUAAUGUAUGUACACGGUGACCUCACCAGCAGAAUAGUGAGUACAGCUCUGGAGUAUAAUACAGGAUAUAACUCAGGAUCAGUACAGGAUAAGUAAUGUAUGUACACAGUGACCUCACCAGCAGAAUAGUGAGUACAACUCUGGAGUAUAAUACACAAUGUACCUCAGGAUCAGUACAGGAUAAGUAAUGUAAUUUGACCUUGCAUUCACUGCAAUGGGUAAGCGAUGGCACCUAUUGUGCAAAAUUUAACUAUUGCAGUGAACACAAGGUCGUAUAACAUUACUGAUCGUGGAAGUAGCAGGUCACCUAAGGAAACUUUUAGAGUGGACUGACAUGAUGCUCCAGUACCCAGAUAGCCUGAUGUCAGUGAUGCCACCUCCGGUACUUUCUCCAUUCCUUGCUGCUCUGCUCCUCUUUGGCAACAUCAGCCCAUGUGAGGGAUAUGUUAAAGCAGACGUGUCUGCAUGUGGCACAUCUGCUACCAAGUACAAGUAAAAAGCCAUGGCUCUAAAAGUGGCAGAGAUGCAGUUAAAGUAGAGUUUUCUUAGGGGGCAGGCCAAAAGAGAUGCCCCCACAUGCCAUAGGUUUGCCAUCGCUGCCAUUUACAAAGCAGCAGUAUACAGAUAGAGCUGGAAGAGAUCUAAUAGGUGAUGUCAUCCCGUAGUUUACAGGAAGUCGCAGUUACAGAAUUGUAACCCACCAAGUGUGACAGCUGCUAUAACAUUCAUACUAUGGUAUGUCGUAUUUCACUCUAGGAGUAAUGGGAUCUGUGUUGUCAAAAAUACUUUGCUUAUGACUCACAUGUCCACCGAGUAAUAAAUUCAGACCGCUUGGAGAUCACUUAGGUAUUUUUAAAAACCUAUGAUGAGCGGAGUUACAAAAAUUUGCUGGGACGGAGGUAGAGAAGGUCCCAGUGCUGACCUGUAUUACUUCACAUUGUCAUUGGGCUAAAUCAAACAAUACUCGUAGAAGCUCGCUGCACACAGCAGAAAUGGGGGAAAUGUAUUAAAAAAUGUCUGUCUUUUGUGUUUGUGGCUUUAAAACGUUACUGCGUGUUUUCCUUCUUGUGGCGCAUGUCUCUGCGAAAUUUUGGCACAACUUCUGACUUCCAACAGGGACUUGGCUCAUUAGGGAAAGAAGCCUCCCGGAGUUACGCAAACGGUGUAGCUUCAAUAAGAGUUACGCAAAUUGUGUAACAUUUUCACUUUGGCUGUUUCCGACCACCUCCUGCGGCCACAGACAGGUGGGAGCUGUCUGGAAAACUGACACAGCAAGUGAGAAAACCCGGGGCUUCCGUUACUACGCAGUGCAUUUUCUGGUAAAAAUUAUACUGUUUCUUAAUUCUGUAGGUCCAUACUAUUAAAAUGAUACCCUACUUAUGUAGGUUUGAUUUUGUCGUACUUCUGGAAAAAAUCAUAACUACAUGCAGAAAAAUGUAUACGUUUAAAAUUGUCAUCUUUUGACACCUAUAACUUUAUUUUUCUGUGUACGGGCCGGUAUAGGGCUCAUUUUUGUAUUGAUCAGACUUUUUGAUAGCUUCUUAUUCAUUUUUUCAUUAUAUAAAAAGUGACCAAAAAUACGCUAUUUUGGACUUUUGAAUUUUUUUGCGUGUACGCCAUUGACCGUGUGAUUUAAUUAACUAUAUAUUUUUAUAGUUCGGACAUUUCCGCACGCGGCAAUACCACAUAUGUUUAUUUUUAUAUAAUUCACGGCAGGUCCCUGCUGCUAUCAGGAGCCAGGGACCCGCAGGUAAUGGCAGACAUCAGCGAUCGCGCCAAUGUCCGCCAUUAACCCCUCAGAUGUCGUGAUCAAUACAGAUCACGCCAUCUGCCGCAGUACAGCACUAAUGAAUGAUUGGAUUGCCCACAGCGCUGGGGAUCCGGUCAUCCAUAAUGGCUCUGGUUUGAGAUUGAGCAGACCAGAGCAGAAGAUCACCGAUAAUACUGAUCAGUGCUAUGUCCUAUGCAUAGCACUGUUCAGUAUCUGCAAUCAAGUGAUUGCAAUACAUAGUCUCUAUGGGGACAUAAAAAGUGUAAAUAGAUUAGUAAAAAAAAUGUAAAGAACAUUUUUUUUAAAUCCCCUCCCCCCAAUAAAAAUUUAAAAUGUCCCUUUUUCCCAUUUUACCCCCAAAAAGCGUAAAAAAGAAUUAAUAAACAUAUUUGGUAUCGCCGCGUGCGUAAAUGUCCGAACUAUCAAAAUAUAAUGUUAAUUAUCCCGUAUGGUGAACGACGUAAACUUAAAAAAAAAAAUCCAAAAUUGAUGCUUUCCUGCCACAUUUUAUUCCAAAAAUAAGUUAUAAAAAUGUGUUAUAAGUUUUAUAUAAGCAAAUGUGGUAUCAAAAAACAGAUCAUGGUGCAAAAAAUGAGCCCUCAUACCGCCACUUAUACGGGAAAAUGAAAAAGUUAAAAGUCGUCAAAAUAGAGGGAUUUUAAACGUACUUAUUUGGUUAAAUAAUACAAUAAUAGAAAAGUAUGCAAUCAUGGGUAUCAUUUUAAUCAUACUAACCCACAGAAUAAAGAAAACUUCAUUUUUUCAUGUAAAUUGUACAACGUGAAAACAAAACCUUCCAAAAUGUUUAAAAUUGCGUUUUUCUUUUCAAUUUCGUCACACAAAUAGUAUUUUUUUUGGGUUGCGCCAUACAUUUUAUGGUAAAAUGAGUUAUGUCAUUAUAAAGGACAACUGGUUGUGCAAAAAAUAAGCCUUCAUAAUUGUCUGUGGAUGAAAAUAUAAAAGAGUUGCGAUUUUUAGAAGGCGAGGCGGAAAAAACGAAAACGCAAAAAUAAAAUUGGCCUGAUCCUUAAGGCCAAAAUGAGCUUGGUCCUUAAGGGGUUAAGGGUAGGGUCACACAUAGAGCAUCAGCAGCGUAUUUAAUGCUGCGGAUGCGCUACUGACCGACUAGAGUGUGCUUCCUGUUUUGUCUGCUUGUAGCAGCAAUCUGCCUCUACACCAGGGGUCUCAAACUCAAAUUAUCUGGGGGCCACUGGAAGUAGCAGCUGGGUGAGGCUGGGCCGCAUGCGUCCCUCACAUAUAAUGCCCCCAUCAUGCGUCCCUUACAUAUAAUGCCCCCAUCAUGCGCCCCUUACAUAUAAUGCUCCCCUCGUCAUCCACCAGCAACUCCCACCCAUUCCCCCUACCCCUGUGUGGUAAUAGCAUGAGCUGAUGGAUGAUGGGGGUGCUACUUCUGGGGGUUCCCCACAUUAGGUAGGUAGUAGCAGGUUCCCCGCAUUAGGUAGUAGCAGGCUCCCCACAUUAGGUAGUAGCAGGCUCCCCACAUUAGGUAGAAGCAGGUUUCCCCCCCCCCCGACACACACACACAGACGGACAUCCACACAUGCACACAAACAGACACACUUAACUGUCCUGCGCUUCUCCUCUCCGGCCGCAGCCUGACGAGUGACGUCACUGACGUUUUCCUGUGCGGGUCUGCGGAGGGACGUCACAUGCACGACAUCCCUCAUCAGACUCGGGCCGGAGACCGGGAGGAGGAGGGCGGGGUAAGUGAAGCCUUCCAGCAUUUAGCGCUGCUUGCCCGAAGCAGGGCUAAAUGCCUGAAGAAGUUACCUGCCUGGCACCCGGAACUGCAUGUCCCAGGCGUCGGGCAAUACAAAUUACACAUACCUGGUGCAGGCCACAAACUUUCGUUCCGUGGGUGCAAAUGGCCCGUGGGCCGGGAGUUUGAGACCCCUGCUCUACACACAGUGAUUUGCGACAAUUCCGCCGCUGAAAUUGUUCAUUCUUUGAGCGGAAUUCUGCGUCAAUGGUGACGGCGCAGUGCUGCGCGGUCCUAGCACCGCCAACGGCUGCCAGGCUGAAUCUCCGCUCGCUGAAUUCUGCGAGCAAAGAUUCAGCAUGCAUUGCUCAGUGUAAACGCACCCUAACAGUAGACCAUCUCUACAUAAUCAUUCUAAGCCUAUAUUCCUUGGGGUCGUCAGUGUAUCAAUUUACAUGAACCAGUCAGGUCUGGAUAUUCUCAUUACCAGUCUGUGUCUAAGACUAAGACAUCAUGUUCUCUAGUAAAUAUGUAAAGAAAUAUUUUUUUAAAUAUUGUAUAUGUGCUGAACAUAAUUGUAUAUAUAUA